AUGGAUGAAAAUAUUUGUUCUCUUGUUGUCGGCCUUGUUUUUCUUUUCCUUUUCCUCCAUCGCAUCACAGGAGACGUGAGUUACUCUAUUCCAGAGGAGAUGAAACGUGGAUCUGUAAUCGGGAACAUUGCCAAGGAUUUUGGAAUAAAUGUGGGACAGUUGUCUACUCGUAAAGCCCGCAUUGAUCCGGGGGAUAGCGACGUACAUUAUUGCGGCAUCAACUUCAACACUGGUGAUUUGAUUGUUCAGGAAAGAAUUGACAGAGAGGGGCUGUGCGGUAAAAGAGCAUCGUGUGUUUUAAAACAGGUACUUGUAUUGGAAAACCCAUUAGAACUACAUCGCAUAAGUAUCCGUGUGGUAGAUGUGAAUGAUAAUUCUCCACAGUUUAAUGAAGACCUGCUAAAAUUAGAAAUUAGAGAAUCAGCAGACAAAGGAGAGCAUUUUCUUCUUGGAGAAGCACAUGACGGAGACAUAGGAGAAAAUUCUGUUCAAAGCUACACCUUGCAGCAAAAUGAUCAUUUUAAAUUAAAUAUUAAUUCUAAACCAGGUGGACGAAAGUACUGUGAAUUAUUAUUGGACAAAGAAUUAGACAGAGAAGAUAAAAAAGACAUGACGCUCUUGCUGACUGCUUAUGAUGGGGGCUCUCCAAAAAAAUCAGGCACUGUAGUCAUACAUGUUACUGUGCUGGACGCUAAUGAUAAUGUACCAGUGUUUAGUGAGAUGGUCUAUAAAGCCACUCUGCCUGAAAAUUCUCCUGCUGAUACAUUAGUGAUCACAGUAAGUGCAAGUGAUGCAGAUGAAGGUUUGAACAGUGAAAUCACAUAUGCAAUUGACCAUGUAUCUGACGACAAUGAUAAUGUCUUUGAUUUACACCCAAGAUCUGGAGAUGUGAGAGUGGCUGGUGCUGUAGAUUUUGAAAAAGUCAAAUCAUAUGAAAUGCAAAUAAGUGCUAAGGAUGGCCUUGGAUUAGUCUCUUAUUCAACAUUACUUAUUGACCUUACUGAUAUAAAUGACAACCCCCCUAUGCUCAAUUUGAAGUCGCUAUCUAAUUCUGUAGCAGAGAAUGUGCCACCUGGCACUGAAGUGGGCAUCAUUAAUGUGCAGGAUAGAGACUCUGAGCAGAACGGGUUGGUCCGCUGCUCCAUUCAACAAAGCGUCCCCUUUAAGUUAAUUGCUUCUAUUCCCAACUAUUAUUCUUUGGUGACUACUGGACAACUGGACCGUGAACUGGUGCCUGAUUACAACAUCACAAUAAGCGCCACUGAUGAGGGUACUCCUCCUCUGUCCUCUUCUAAAAGUCUUCACUUGUCUGUAGCAGACAUCAAUGACAACCCACCUGCGUUUGAAGAAGAAUUCUACAGUGCUUAUGUAAGUGAAAAUAACAAAGCCGGCUCCACUUUAUGUUCCGUUAGUGCCCGAGACCCUGACUGGAGACAGAAUGGCAGUGUGAUUUAUUCUCUGUUGGCUGCUGAGGUAAACGGUGCCCCUGUGUCCUCCUAUGUGUCUGUUAACGGGGACACAGGGGUGAUUCAUGCAGCCAGGUCAUUUGAUUACGAACAGACGCGAAGCUUUCAAGUCCACAUCAUGGCCAGAGACAACGGUUCUCCUCCACUGAGCAGCAACGUGAGCAUUAGCGUGUUUGUCUCGGACUUGAAUGACAACUCUCCUCAGAUACUGUACCCUGCCCCGGACGGCAACUCCUUCAUGACUGAGCUGGUCCCCAAAGCUGCUCAAGGAGGCUCUGUGGUGUCUAAAGUGAUAGCGGUGGAUGCGGACUCUGGACAGAAUGCCUGGUUGUCCUAUCAUAUCGUCAAGUCCACUGAUCCAGGACUUUUCUCUAUUGGUCUUCACAGUGGAGAGAUCAGGACGAAGCGGGAUAUUUUGGAAACUGAUAGCAUGAAACAGAACCUGAUUGUGGCAGUGAAAGAUAAUGGACAGCCCCCUCGCUCUGCCACGUGCUCCAUGUAUUUACUGAUUUCAGAUAACUUGGCUGAGGUGCCAGAACUGAAAGACAUUUCUAGUGAGGAGAAGAAUUCCAAACUGACUUCCUAUCUGAUCAUUGCCCUCGUGUCUGUGUCCACAUUCUUUCUGACCUUCAUCCUCAUUGUCCUGGGUGUGAGGUUUUGUCGCAGGAGAAAGCCCAGACUUUUGUUUGAUGGAGCUGUUGCCAUACCCAGUGCGUAUCUCCCUCCUAAUUACGCAGAUGUUGAUGGCACGGGAACUUUACGCAGCACCUACAACUAUGACGCCUACUUGACCACGGGUUCCAGAACCAGUGACUUUAAGUUUGUGUCUUCCUAUAAUGACAACACGCUGCCUGUUGAUCAGACACUACGGAAAAGUCCAAGUGACUCAUCUGAUCCUUUUGAAGAUCUGGAGACACUUUCUGAGACAAAGGUGGUGCGAGUGAGGAGGUACAAGCAGUUUUUGACUGUGGCCGUGUGGACUGUGUCUGUGACUUAUGGAGGUAAAUUUGUGCCACAAUUCUGA